AGGGUUGCUGUAUUGUUUUGUCAGAGAUAGAAAAUCUCUUAGCAAAUCGUGUGGAAGUUUUAAGUGGUGUAAAAGUGUGUAGACGUGUCAUGGGCUAAACACAUGAAAUAUAUAUCCUAUUUGAUCUUGUACAUAUUUGUUGUGAUGUAAUUCAUUGUUAUUGUGUUUUGAGUAGGAUUAUUGGAAUAUGUAUUAACAAAGAAAAAGAAUGGAGGCUCUAAGAUAAAAAGCCUGGAUGCGUUAAGAGGCAAGAUGAACCACAUCCCACCACAAUGAGCUAGUAAGAGGAAGAAACAGUGUGAUAUUCCAUCUGUGAUAAGUUCAUUAGUGGAUUACAAUUAUCUCUCUUGGGGACAUCUGAAAUUGUCUCCCUUGAUUUAAAUUUUCAUUUAUAUUUCUUCACGAAGUUAGGAGUUAGCUGACAAAUAAAACAUGGCAAGUUUUUUUCGUAGGAAACGCAGCUUAAUUUUUAAGAUAUUGAUAGCAAUACCAGUGCUAUGGAUUGCCGUUGUGUUGUUUCUAAGUUUUCAAAGUUCUGAUGAUGACAGACCAUUGCAAGAGCGGCAGAAUAGAGACCAUAAACAUGUUCCGAUUGGUCAAAAUGAGGUGCCGCGCGAUUCCGGUGGAGUGUUUGAAGGUUUUCAAAAUCCUUUAGAAAAGUUAAAUCGUAUAGUGCAGCCUUUUAAUCCCUUUGUAAAUAACGAAGUGACCAAAGCAAAGAAUGUGAUAAAGGACUCAAAUGGAGGUAUGCCUGCGUUUGAUAGAAAUCAUGGAAAUCCAGAUGAACUUGUGGUGCAUGAGCCUUACGAUGUGUCUGGGAAAUUCAGAGAGAAUAACCAACAGGCUCCAGGAGAGAAUGGGGAGGGUGUUCCUGUGGAUAAGGAGAAGUUGUCACCAAGCGAGCGGAAGCUCUAUGACGACGGUUGGCAGAACAAUGCGUUCAACCAGUAUGUCAGCGACCAGAUCUCCCUACACAGGAGCCUACGAGAUGUGCGUGACGAAGAAUGUAAAGCAUUGAAAUACCAUCGGAAGCUUCCUGAUACUAGUGUGGUGAUAUGUUUUCACAACGAGGCUUGGACUGUACUACUACGAACCUUCCAUAGUGUGUUAGAUCGCACCCCACCUGAACUUCUAAGGGAGAUCAUUCUUGUUGACGACUUCUCUGAUAAAGACCAUCUGAAGACCCAGUUAGAAGACUACAUCAAAGGCUACCCCAAGGUGAAGGUGGUGCGUACGGCUCAGCGGGAGGGCCUCAUAAGGGCUCGUCUCCUGGGCUUCUCCGCUGCAACGGGGGACGUUGUGACCUUCCUGGACUCCCACUGUGAAUGUGCCGUUGGAUGGGUGGAGCCCUUGCUUGAUCGCAUUGCAGAAAACAAGACCAACGUAGUGUGCCCCGUCAUAGACGUGAUUGAAGACGAUACAUUCAAAUACCAGUACGGGAAUGCACGGUCUACCAGCAUAGGUGGCUUUGACUGGAACCUGCAGUUUAACUGGCACGCAAUCCCAGACUAUGAACGGCAGCGGAGAGGAAAUAAAGACUACAUGCCUGUCAGGAGCCCUACCAUGGCAGGCGGCCUGUUUUCUAUCUCACGGGAGUAUUUCAACGACCUUGGCACGUAUGAUCCGGGUAUGGAUAUCUGGGGUGGAGAGAACCUAGAGCUCUCAUUCAGGGUGUGGAUGUGUGGUGGUACCCUGGAGAUCGUCCCAUGCUCUCACGUUGGUCACAUCUUCCGCAAACGCUCUCCCUACAAGUGGAGGGGUGGGGUAAACGUAGUCAAGAAGAACUCAAUACGUCUUGCUGAAGUGUGGAUGGACGAUUACAAGCAAUACUACUACGAGCGGUUUAAUAAUGACUUGGGAGAUUAUGGUGACAUCACUGAAAGGAAGGCGCUCAGAAACAAACUGAAGUGCAAGAGUUUUGAUUGGUUCGUAAAGAAUAUUUAUCCAGAUCUGUUCGUACCUGGAGAGUCGAUAGCUUCAGGAGAGAUUCGCAAUAAGGCCAAGCCGAUGUGUGUGGACAGCGCGGUAGACACUCAGAACUACCACAAGCCGGUUAACAUGUGGCCCUGUCACAACCAGGGGGGCAACCAGUACUGGAUGUUGAGCAAGCAUGGGGAGAUUCGCCGUGAUGACGGUUGUCUUGACUACAGUGGGGGCGAGAACGUGAUCAUCUACCCUUGUCACGGACAGAAAGGCAACCAGGAGUGGAAUUAUAGAGAGGAAUACACAUUUGCCAGUACGUCUCAGACGUGGAUUUACACGCAGGAUAACACUGUUUUACAUGUGAACACCAACAAAUGCAUGACAGUCUCGCUGGAUGGCCAGAAACUUUUGAUGGAAAAAUGCUCCGGUAUUGAUAGGCAGCUCUGGACUUGGAAAAGAAAGGAAGGACACAGUGUAUAGUUAGAGUAGAAUGUAACCUAUAGUUUCAUUAUUCUUUUUUGUUUAUUUUCUUAUUUUUGAUUUUGAUUUAUUGACCACUAUAAUUUACUGCAUUUUUGUUUUGCUUGUAUGUAGUUCUCAUUAGGUUAUGUUUGUUAAUUAUUACUUAAUAAUUACUAGGGCUGUCACGAUAUGCCGUGAGCGUACCGCGGUAUAUCGUGGUACAGCAACACUGUAUCUCGGUACGUACUGCGAUAUUUUACAGAAUAUGUAUCUGUAAAGAAAACAGUUUACAAACUUUAUUAAACACAAUAAUCAGAAAACACGGGUAUCAUAGUAUGACUUGAAACUGUAAAAGAAACUGUAAUAAACUUGAUAGAAGUAGUCAUUGUUAUUGUUAUUGUUAUUCGCGUCUUUUUCUAAAAUGUCCGCCAUGUUGUUUACAAUAGCUGUGACUACGACCUGUGUAAAUCGAACGCUUCAAGGGCAUGUUUAAAAUGCGGAGUCAGCAGGCCCAGUAUUGAAAAUCAGUAGCGUUCUGAUUCUUCCUCGACUUAUUCAUAAUCUUAAGAUAACAUGAUUUGGAAGUGCCAUGCUUUGAACGAUCGAUAUUCUAAAGAAAGAAAAUAAGAAAUAGAGUAAACAUCUUUUGGAUAAUUAUGAACUUAUUUGCAAAGGAAAUCUAACCCAAAUUCAAAAAAAGGUACGGACCCAUACAUUGCCGUAUUUUAAACGUGAAAGUUAAACAUCUACCAGUGGAAGCGCUUGCUUGACCUGGAUAUUAACGGAUUAUUUAUUUAGCCCUUUUGAAUCGCUUCUACAGUUUUCAAAACGAUAUCUAUAUCAAAAUAAUUAUGUAAUGUAUUUAUAUUAUGUGCUAAUAUAAUAAUAUUAAAAAAAACCGGUGCGGCAACGCCGUACCGCGGUGCGAUUUUUUUCACGACAUGCACCGCGAUAUACCGGUAUACCGGUGAAUCGUGACAGCCCUAAUAAUUACUAUUAUUAUUACUUAAGCUUUUUGGAAGAACUUACGUAAAAUGUCAUGAUGCAGUCUAAAGAAGAGCUUGAUAUUUACAUGUAAGACGUGCUCUGUGAAAAAGGGGGUUAAUGCAUGUGCGUAAAUUGUCAUUCAAGAUUAGCCUGUGCUUUAUGCACAGGCUAAUCAUGGAUAAAACUUUCAUUUUUCUAUUACAGAAAGUCUCUUCUUGGCAAAAAUCAAGUUAAGGCAGAAAGUGUUGUCCAUGAUAAACCUGUGUGGACUGCACAUGCUACAUGUAAGCUGGGACAACACUUUACGCACAUGCAUUAAACCCCUUUUUCACAUAGCACGGCUAAUUUUUAAUAUUAUUUAAAGAAGCAAAAUUUUGAAAUAUAGAUUGAUUAUUUUAAUUUAUUUUGUUUAUCCAUCAAGUCUUUGGUAUUAACAACACAAUGCUUAUGCAUUAUUUUAUCAUAAUUUUGUGAAUGAUAAGAAAUAUAUGACAUUAUCAUAUUUGUUGUUGUUUGAUAUUAAUAUUAAUGGCUUUAAACAGAUGUUGCCAUAAUGUAUUUUCAAUAUUUAUAUUUACGACUUGAUGUCUGCAGAUUGUUGUUCUAUAUGUUAGUUAAUUAGUGAUAUUAACUUUAUGUAUGAGGAAUUUUAUGUAUAUUUAAUCAUGUUUGACAUGCUGUUUAUAAGUAAUGGUUUCAUGGUGAUUGUUUGUAAGGGAUUUUUUAUCAUUGAAAGUGGAAAGUAAUUUAUGUGAUAAAAAUUGCAGGUUAUUGGUUGAUUGAUUGAUUACUUACAGUGGUAUUAUUUAAAUAAAACAUAGCACCCAUAACUUUAUGUACUUUCCUAUUAUUAUUUUCUUUUUUCAAUGUUUUUAAAUUAUGUUCAGCAAUUUUUUUUAUAAAUUACCAGUUAACUUAAAUACCGUUAAUCAAAAUUUUUCACAUUUGACAGUUGUUAAAAACGCUUUAGGAAUAUACCGGUAUGUCAUUCUGCUGUAGCUGAAAUAAUAUUUAAGUAUCUGUUAUUCUUGUUUUAUAAGUUUUUAAUAAUUAUUUAUGCUUGAUUUAUUGCAGUGAAAUCAGUGAAUAAAUUGUAAGUUGAAUAAGUUUUCAAUAGUUUGAAUAAGUUUCUCAAAAGUGUCUCAAACUACAUUUCCUUAUCGUGCCAACAUGUUAACCCUUAUAGCGCUGGAACCCAAUUUUGAAGGCCUUUGCUAUUUGCUAUUCUGAUAGUAUUCUUUGAAAAAAAAUCAAAGAAAAUGCUAAUUUUAGAAAUUCAGCAGACAACAUUUUAGCAGACAACAAAUUUCCAGCAUGCAAAGGGUUAAUGUAGCAGCUGAUUUUGGUUAUUUCACAUUCUAUUUUUCAAAGGGUAAGCUUGUCACAAAUAUGUAUAACUUACAAAUAGUACACAUAUUAUUGUUGUUUCAAUCAUUAUUUGCCAAAAUAAACAAAAGCUAAUGUUUUGUUUCACUUCUGUUCGUAACUCAUUUAGUAGAUAAAAUUGUUCACAAUGGAAAAUAGUCUGGCUGACUGGGUGAGGUCUUCAAUUGCAGUUACCUGUUUAUGCAUUUUGUUUAUUGAAAACUGUUUACUUUUGUUCCUAAUGUAUAGAUAUUUACAAUAUGUAUUGAUGGUACUAUAUAAUGGUGUAUUGAAUAUGCGCCAGGUUAUGCGAAAAUGGUUCAUAUAUGGCCAGCGUAGCUCCAGCUCCAGACAAGCCUGGGCAAUUGCUUAGGACCCAUUUUUGCAUAAAGCGGGUCAUUUAAUAUUGUUGAACAUUUGUUGAGAAAAGUUAUGUAUGUGUGCAUGGAUUUUGAGUAUAAAUGUGUGUUAAUCACACACUUUCAAGGACCAUUCCAAUUAAUUUUUUUUUUAAACCUGUAUGUGUUGCAUAACAAUCAGUGUGCUCUAGUGUUGCGCACAUUUUCACUGGUUAUUGUUCAUUAUCCAUUAAAAUGUUUACUUUUUUGUUUCAAUCAUUCGUGAUGUUUGUAAACUCAGUCUACAAUUAAGAAUUGAUGAUCAUUUUUUCACUAGAAAUUUAUUUUGUAAUUAUUGCAAAGUUUUGCAAUCAGAAAAAAACUAGGCCUAUGGCAUUGUUGAAUACAAAUACCCACAUAUGGUUUGCAGUAACACUAUUGGGAGCUAAUUGAUAAAAAUAUCAGAGAUUGAUGACUGCUGGAAACAUACAAAUAUCCUCUAAUUGUAGUGAAUGCGAUAUUAUGAGUAGUACAUUUUAUGUGCAAGAUUUAAGCCUGGUUUUCCAAAUUACUGACUCCUAUUUUAAACAAAUUGUGUAUUGUAUGAAUAUUUGUAAUAAAAUUUGGUUCAAGCUCAUUUAACCCCCCUUUCCCCAUCAGAAGCAAUGUGGAAAGGGCUUUUUAAACCAGCAUAAAACCAGAACAGCCUGCGAGUAAAACUCAGGUUCUAUGCUGUUUGCUGCUCAUCAGUAUUUUUUGGUUGAAAUUGUAGCCUUUAAAAUUUGAAUCUAUUAAGAAAAGCAUUCACUUAAUUUGAUUUUCUAAGGGACUACAGACCUGUCAAAAAGCGCAUCUGAGUGGUAAAGGGUUACGUCAUAAUAAAAUAUGGCAUCUAAAAUUAUACUCAAUAAAGUGUUUGAUCGGGAAAUCCAUUUUGCCUGGUAUUGCUUUCUGAUAUUAUGAAUACCAGUUACUUGAUUCUGUUGUUAAAAGUAGAUGUAGGACUUUAUAUGUGAACUUUACAAACAAUAUUGUGUGGAUUAUACAUAUAUGAAUAACCGUAUUAAGGGCAUUUGGUUUGUUGUAGAAGUAGUUAUCUAAUCAUGAAUGAAAGGUUUUGUAUGGUGUCAGUAUUACAUUUUUGCAUAAUUUUGUAAAUGUUGUCAUCAUCUACAAAAUGAACUUUUCCAUGAUUGAAACAAAACUUAGAUUUGAUUGGUGUAUAUACAGUGUCAAUUGAGUCACCGUAGAAACAUGAAUAUCAAGAUUGUCAUCGGAAACUGGUUGAAUGUUUGGGCAAGUUAUGUUUACAAUUAAAUAGUUUGUUAUAAUGAUAUAAUGUGAUAUGUUUGUAAAAUGUUAAGUAAAUUUCUUGGUGGAUUGCGAUACAAUCUAUAGCUUAUGAUAUAUUGGUAUGUUUGUGCAUGUUUCAGUUUGGAGAUUGGUUUAUGUAUGUUUGUGAAAAUUGCCAUGAAACAGAGCUUUAGAAAUAUGUGUAAGCUGAAUUUAUGUAUGUGUACAUUUUUUAAUGUAAAAUGAGUUAGUAUAUACUUUUAUCCGAUUUUAUGUGCAACAAAACACACCACAAAAACCAUCAUCUGAUAAGCUAUUAUUGAAUGCAAAAUUCAUUUUCCAUUUUUUUUUAAUAUUGCAAAUUUGUAGUAUCAGUUGAUAAACCCGAGCAUUCCUGUACCAGAACAAUUUUUACACCUGCCACAUUAAUAGUUUUUUUCUCACACAAUUAUUCAAAAUUUUCUUUCUAUAGUAAUACAAUGUAAGUAAUGUUUCAUAAAUGAAAAUUCAUUGUUUAUCACCAUGUGAAUCUUUCUAUGAAGAUAUACAUUAUUUAUUAUUAUAUGAUCACAAAGAAAAAUGAUUUAAACUAAUACUAUCCUUGUUUAAAACAGAGAAUCUAAAGUUUAUGUAUAGUGAUGUUUUCCACCAAGCAUCUACAGAGGCAUAUAGCAAAUGGCCUGUCCAUUAGUUUUUCCAUUCUUCGGUUUCUGUAAAAUUUAUGAAAAAUAUUUAAGUACACAUCUAAACUCAGUAAUAAUUCCAACAAAGCUGUGAUACUUAAAUGUACGAUUUGAUAUCAUAAUAUCAUCAAAUUGCUGGACCUCAUUUUGACCUUGACACACUUUUGGACUUAUUUAGGAAGUCCGAUUUGUUGAUUAACCAAAAUUGACGUGUUUGGUCUAACAUCAAUAAUGCGUCUUACAAAGCUUUGAUACUUCAAAUAAUCAUGUUCUUGAACACAAAAUACAUCUACAUUGCCUGACCUGAUUUUGACCAAAUAGUAUACUUUUGGAAUUAGACUAAUUCAGAAGGUCCAAUUUUUUGUUGAAUCAAAAUGACGUGUUUGUGUGUAACAUCAACAUGGUUUGCUGCACACAUUCGAUUCUUGUAUGGAUGUUAUAUAUGCAUACUCUCAACACACACACAUCACCUGACCUUGUUUUGACCUUGACAUUGACAUCAUGUUGGACUAAGACUUAUUGAAAUAAGCCAAUGAAUCAGUACUUGCAAGGCUUACCCCGAGGCUAUACUGUAUGUGUUUAAUGAACGCAAUGUCUUGUUUUUCAAAGAAUCCCAGUGGGUUGAAUAUAGAUGUAGUAUUCAUUUGGUAAUAACUUCACAUAUCAUAUAUUAAAUGUUCCUAUGAAUACUAAACUGGUUACAGUGUAUGAAGUGUAUGUAUUGAUUAUAAUUGUGUUGCCUUUCAUCCAUCUUCAUUCCUUGCGGACCCAUAUAGUGCCUUGUGGUGGAGUCACAUUCAAACACUCACUGCAAUAAAAUACAGAGAAUGUA